AACCUUAUAUUACAUAUCGAUAGAUGUAAGAUAUUUCGAUUGUUGUUGAAUUGUGAAUAGUUUGUUUUCAUCCAGUAUUUCGCUGUUAAUAUAUGUGUUAUUGACUAGGUGAUAGAUUUUCAAGUUGUUACGGUGCCGUGAAUAUAAGAUUUUCAAGUUGUUACGGUGCCGUGAAUAUAAUAUAUUAUUUAAAGUAAUUAAACUCAUGAAGUACUGUUUUGGUAGAAGUUCAUGGAUGUGAUAGCUUAGCAGUAUGCAAAGGGGUGACCUGUUGUUUCAUUGACAUAACCUAAGGUGCGGAGCGGUGCCGCGGCAGAGAUGAGCUACAACAGGGGAGGGGACGGCCGCCCCAAAGGCUUCGGCUUCUCGGGCUUCCAGCUGAAGCGCGACCGCGCCAACCAGCUGCCGCCCCCGCCGAGCAGUGCCAUCAGCAAGCACGGCUACUCCACCAUGUCCGCCAUCAGCCAGAACGCCCUGGCCGCCAGCUACGGCCUGCCGAGGAAGAGGGCCAAGACGGAGGAGGAGUAUUUCGAAGAGGACGACGACAACUCGGCGCCCACCUCCACCCUGGAGUACAUCCCGGCCCCCGGCAGCCCGUCGUACCAGGGGCGGGACGACUCCAGCUCGGAGGAGGACGAGGACCCCCUGGACGCCUUCAUGGCCGUCAUAGAGGAGCAGGUGGUGAAGGAGACGGCGACCGCGCCCCCCGUCGAGACCGACCAGGACAAGAAGAAGGGCAUCCGCGACGACAUCGAGGAGGAAGACGACGAGGAGUCGUACUACAGGUAUAUGGAAGAAAAUCCAAUGGCCGGAGUCCUGAACGAUGAAUCCGAUCAGGAGAUAGAGUACGACGAAGAUGGCAAUCCUAUCGCCCCGAAGAAGAUAAAGGAGAUUGAUCCACUACCUCCCAUAGACCAUUCCACCAUCACGUACUCACCAUUCGAGAAGAACUUCUACACGGUGCACGAGGAGAUAGCGAGCCUGAAGCCCGACCAGGUGGAGGAACUGCGGGAGAAGCUGGGGGUCAAGGUGACGGGACCGCUGCCCCCGAACCCCGUGAGCAGCUUCGCGCACUUCGGGCUGGACGACGGGCUGCUGAAGGCGAUACGGCGCUACGAGUACACGCAGCCGACCCCGAUCCAGGCCCAGGCGGUGCCGGCGGCGCUCAACGGGCGGGACAUCAUCGGCAUCGCCAAGACGGGCAGCGGCAAGACGGCCGCGUUCAUCUGGCCCAUGCUGGUGCACAUCAUGGACCAGAAGGAGCUGCAGCCGGGAGACGGCCCCAUUGGGGUGAUCCUGGCCCCCACCAGGGAGCUCUCGCAGCAGAUCUACGUAGAGGCCAAGAAGUUCGGCAAGGUCUACAACAUACAGGUGGUGUGCUGCUACGGCGGCGGCUCCAAGUGGGAGCAGUCCAAGGCGCUGGAGGGCGGGGCGGAGAUCGUGGUGGCCACCCCGGGCCGCAUGAUCGACCUGGUGAAGAUGAAGGCGACCAGCCUGGAGCGGGUGACGUUCCUGGUGCUGGACGAGGCGGACCGCAUGUUCGACAUGGGCUUCGAGCCGCAGGUGCGGUCCAUCUGCGACCACGUGCGGCCGGACCGCCAGACGCUGCUGUUCAGCGCCACCUUCAAGAAGAGGAUCGAGCGGCUGGCGCGGGACGUGCUCACCGACCCCGUCCGGAUAGUGCAGGGUGAUGUGGGCGAGGCCAACACCGAUGUGACUCAGAUUGUGAAAGUGAUGAACGUCGGCGGAGCCAAGUGGAACUGGUUGCUUAACCACCUGGUGGAGUUCUUGUCGGCCGGCAGCGUGCUGAUAUUUGUCACCAAGAAGGUGAACGCAGAGGAGCUGGCUAACAAUCUCAAGCUGAAAGAAUACGAAGUGUUGCUUCUGCACGGAGACAUAGACCAGGUGGAGCGCAACAAGGUGAUAACCCAGUUCAAGAAGCAGGAAGUGAACAUCUUGGUCGCCACAGAUGUUGCAGCUAGGGGCUUGGACAUCCCCCACAUCAGAACGGUAGUCAACUUUGACGUCGCGAGAGACAUAGACACACACACUCAUCGAGUUGGCAGGACAGGGCGAGCCGGGGAGAAGGGCACCGCCUACACGCUGGUGACGGACAAAGACAAGGAGUUUGCAGGGCACCUGGUCAGGAACUUGGAGGGGGCGAACCAGCAGGUGCCCCAGGGACUGCUGGACCUGGCCAUGCAGAGUGCCUGGUUCCGCAAGUCCCGCUUCAAGGGCGGGAAGGGCAAGAAGCUGGACAUCGGUGGACGGGGUCUCGGCUACAGGGAGAGGCCAGGACUGGGGUCCGCCGAGCCACAGCAGAUCUCCUUGACGGCAGCCAGCGUCUCGGAGGCGGUCACCAAGCUGCCCCGCACGGGUCCCGGGUCCGACCGGCUGUCGGCCAUGAAGGCGGCCUUCAGGAACCAGUACCAGAGCCAGUUCCUGGCGUCGACGGACCACACCUGGGAGCAGACCCUGGAGCAGACGCGCGCGGCGGAGAACGCAGCCAAGGUCGCAGAGAGCAAGGCGGAGAACGCGGCCAAGGUCGCAGAGAGCAAGCCAGAGAACACAGUCAAGGUCGCAGAGAGCGAGGCGAAGAACGCGGCCAAGGUCGCAGAGAGCAAGCCGGAGAACGCGGCCAAGUUCGCAGAGAGAAAGCCGGAGAACACGGCCAAGGUCGCAGAGAGCAAGCCGGAGAAGCGGUCCAAGAGGAGUCGCUGGGACGACUAGUUCCGUGCUUCCGCCGCCUGGACGUUCGGUCCUCGUAACGAUAGCGCUGUCUUGAGUGUGAAUGUUGUGCAUGAGGUCUGUUCUUGAUUUUCAGAACGGGACAUUUGUUUUGACUGCUUCCGGACGUGUGUAUAACAAGUUUUCUAUUGUGUUGCUGUGUGAUGUGUCUGUAGGUAUCAAGUAUCUUUGUUUCAUUGCUAAAUAUUGAACGUACUUCAGUAAAACCUUUCUGAUCUGAUCUUUUUAUUUAUGCAGUGAAGAAUUUUAAAUAGUUAAGACAUACUAUGCUGGAAUAAGCUGAAAAACAUCUGAGUACUGCAUCCCUUAGUAUCCAUGUUUAGAUAUGAUUGUUGGUUCAAGAAAUGUGUACUGUACCAAGUAGCCAUUGCUCUUCUGGACUCUGUGCAAUCACUGGGACUCGUGACUUCAGUUAAUUCAAUUUUUACAAACAUAUCAGUCCGACAUUAAUUACACCAGAGGUCCGUGGUCGUACAAUGGAAUUGUAAAGAUUGGAUCACCUUUUAUGUUACUGUGAAUUGUAAAGCAUUUAUUACAAUAAAUUACAAUAAAAAAUACAGAAAACAAA